GUCAGAGACAGAGAGAGAGGGAGUGAGAGAGAUGUUUAUGACUGCAGGUAUAUAAACCAGAUUAACACUGAGACCUGUGCACGCUUCAGACACACUGGCAAGAUGAGGCUCGCUCUGCUGGCAAUAGUGGCCGUUCUACAGUUGGGGGCUCUGCAUGCUCUGACAGCUGAGAAACCAACCCACACUCUUCGGGACAUAGUCAAAAGAGGUCCUGCCCAAAGGAAACAGUCUCUUCUGAAGCCCCACCUGGAGGAUAGGGUUCCCCCUCUGAGUGACAGCGGUCCAGUGUCAGGUCCUGACACACCACCAGAGCUGGUAGACUCUCGGGCCGAGUCAUAUUCGUUUGGGGACAACAUCAACCUGAACUGGACCAAGUGGGAGGGCUCCCUUCCUAACGCAGCAGUGGGCAUCUACAAUGGCUACGUCUCCCGCACCGACUACAUCUGCAAGUUCAACUGCGAGGCUGGCUUCUACACGCCGAGCAAAGGGCCUUACUGCAACUACCCGUUCGGUGACAGGGAGUACCACGCUCCCGAGUUUGAGAUCCUGGUCAACAGAGACAACUUUGAGUUUCUGGAGUGGAAGGAUGAUAAGUACGGCGGCGUGCCAAAACACUCAGUCAGGACCUGCGGCUCAGCCACCAUCUUCGUGGGCAAGAACAAGUACGGGCUGGGAAAAGUGGUGCCUGAGCACGAAGCCUUCUUCCUGCCAUGGGAAGGGGAUGAGUACUGGUACAAGAGCUACCAGGCCCUGACCAUCAACAGGGACGCCUACACCCAGCACGUGUCACACGUGGAGUACAACAUCAAUGAGGUGGAGCUCUUCCAGUACCCGCCCGAGGCAAUGCACCUCUCCAGCGUCACCAACAACGAGUGCCGGGAGAUCACCAAGACGGUGACCAUGGAGAAGACCACGGAAAAGGAGAACACGUGGAACAUCGGCCGCUCCACCAUGCUGGGCAUCACGGGGUCCCUCACCGCCAAGAUCCCCUUCAUCGGCACAGGCGGGAUAGAGCUGGGCGGCGAGAAGACGCUCUCGUUCGACCGAGGCACCACGGUGGUGGAGUCCAUCACCCACUCCCUCGGCGUGGAGCUGACCGUGCCGCCCAACCACACGUGCCGCGUGCGCAUGGAGGGACGCAAGAUCACCGCCGACAUCCCAUUCAAGGCCCGCCUGAGCCGCACCUACUUCAAUGGGGAGACCCAGUGGACCUCCAUCAACGGCGUGUAUGACGGGGUCCAGAUCGGAGAGGUCCGCACGGUGGUGGAACGCUGUGAGCCCGUGCCCGACGCCCAACCAUGCAUCUAAACUCGACUCAAAUAUCACCGGCCAUAGCACUGUGAGAGAAUGCUGAUCUGACUGAAUGUAUUUCAUAGGUGAUAAUGUCAUUCAUGUCACUGACUGGUAAAUGUGUUAAUUGAAUAAAAUAACAUGAAAAUAUAAGGAAA